CAAUUUGACGUGUUUAAUUCGAUAGGAGGAUAGAAACAAGGGGACUCGAUUUAACAGAGGAUCAUUGAUAGAUCAUCGCUGUAAAAGCGAGUGCCAGGCAGAUGACGUUUCAACGUCAGUAUAAAUUCCGAUCAUUUCCCAUACUAAUCAAAUCUCACUGUUGUCUUUCUGGGGGGAAAACUGCAAGGGGACAUCUAAGUUACUCAAGGGAGAUUUGGUUUGGCUUCGUGCAACGUCGGUCAGUAGGGUAGCAAGCUGGAAAUGUAUCACUGGAAUUACUUUUGGACAUUUUCGAUAUGUAUUAUUUUCAAAUUAACAACAUCAUCGGGGAAUACACAACGUGCAGGCCAAGCUACAGAUUUGAUUGCAGCAUUUGACAGAGAAACCAGAGACAUUCGUUCAGCGAAAAAUACGGUCAGAGAAGUUCAACAGGAGAACAGUCGAUUACAAAAUGAAGCGUGCAGAUAUGGGGCUCCCAAUAACCACGGCUGUUUGCUGGCGAUUAUAGAUAGUCGAAAUCCAGUUAGACGAAACGAAGAACUUGAUAAUCAAGAAUUAGAAUCUAAUAAACUUGAAACUAAACCAUUUGAAAACCGACAUCCCGAGCCAAAGUCGGAGAAGGAAAGAUUGGAGUACAUCGCUAAAUUAGCAAAGAGACGGAAAGACAUGGACAGGAUAUUGGAAUUAUUGGAUGAAAAAGAGAACAGCAUUAAACAGUUAAAAAAACGGACAUGCGAUGUGGAGUUAUCCGGAGCAUGUAGAACAGAGUGGGCCUCGGCUAUAGCUGACCAGUAUUACUACUUAAUGGGACCCCACGGGCCAGGAAAACGAAGGAAGAGGAGAUCACUCCUCAAUGUACUGAAGGGGAGACUAUCCCAUAUACCUAGCAAACAUUGAGAUAAUUAACACAUUUAGUUAUAAAGCAAAGUGAUGCUUGUGGAACAUCUGUGAUCUCCUUAUAAACUAAACCCGGCUUUAAUUAAUCCAGAAAAUCUAGAUGAACAUUUUCUUGUAUAUAAUAUCAUCUUUUCAUAUUUGUUUUCAUCGUCCUAUCCAAUUAUAUGCACUUUUGUGCAUAGUUUUAUUUUUUACAUUUAUGAUCAGUGUCAUAAUUAUUCAAGCUUUUUUUCU